UGUGCUUCUUCUACAAAUUAGCAUGACGUAACAUUAACCCGUUUUAAUCCACCCUCCAAUGGAGAUCCCAAACCCACCGUAUUUCUCUUGUCAUUCGGAGUCUUGUGCCCAUCUCCUGCAAACUAGCCUUAAAUCGAGGGAAGCUUUAAAAGGAAAAUCAAUCCAUGCUCAAAUGGUUAAAUUAGGCCUUACCUUCAGUGUCUAUUUAACGAACAACCUCAUGAACUUGUAUGCAAAAACCGGGUUUCUUUUAGAUGCCCACGAUUUAUUCGAUGAAAUGCCUGUGAAGACCACUUUCUCAUGGAACACAAUUCUUUCUGGGUAUGCGAAGCAGGGAAAAUUAGAGAGAGCCCAUCAGGUGUUUGAUUUAAUACCUGUUCGUGAUUCUGUUUCGUGGACUACGAUAAUCGUGGGUUAUAAUCAAAUGGGUCGUUUUGAAGAUGCGAUAAAGAUUUUUGUAGAUAUGGUGAAGGAUAAAGUUUUGCCGACCCAGUUCACACUUACUAAUGUCCUUGCUUCUUGUGCUGCCACCGGGUCUCGAGGUAUAGGGAAGAAGGUUCAUUCUUUUGUUGUUAAAUUAGGACUUCAUGCGUGUGUUCCUGUUGCAAAUUCGCUUUUAAACAUGUAUGCAAAGACAGGGGAUUUGAAGAUGGCCAAGGUUGUUUUUGAUAGGAUGAAGUUGAGGAACACAUCAAGCUGGAAUGCUAUGAUUUCCUUGCAUAUGAAUUGCGGCAGGGUUGACCUCGCUCUUGCUCAGUUUGAGCUAUUGAGUGAACGCGAUAUUGUUUCAUGGAAUUCAAUGAUUGCAGGAUGCAAUCAGCAUGGUUUUGAUAAUGAAGCAUUACAGUUCUUCUCUAGUAUGUUAAAAGAUACGUCUCUGAAGCCUGAUAGGUUUUCCCUAGCAAGUGCUUUAUCGGCUUGUGCCAAUCUUGAGAAGUUGAGUUUUGGUAAACAAAUUCAUGGUUAUAUUGUUCGGACAAUGUUCGACGCUUCAGGAGCUGUGGGAAAUGCUUUGAUCUCAAUGUAUGCAAAGUCUGGAGGAGUUGAAAUUGCUCGAAGAAUCAUCGAGCAGAGUGGGAUUUCAGAUCUUGAUGUGAUAGCUUUUACGGCCUUAUUGGAUGGAUAUGUCAAGCUUGGUGAUAUAACCCCAGCCAGACAAAUAUUUAACUCAUUGAAAGAUCCCGAUGUGGUUGCUUGGACUGCAAUGAUUGUAGGUUAUGUACAGAAUGGCUUAAAUAAUGAUGCUAUAGAGGUAUUCAAAACAAUGGUUAGUGAAGGGCCUCGGCCAAACAGUUUUACUCUAGCAGCUAUGUUGAGUGCCAGUUCAAGUGUGACAUCUUUGAAUCAUGGAAAACAAAUUCAUGCAAGUGCAAUAAGAUCAGGGGAGGCAUUAUCACCUUCUGUGGGCAAUGCUCUGACUACGAUGUAUGCAAAAGCUGGAAGCAUAAAUGGUGCACGGAAAGUAUUCAAUCUUCUACGUCAGAACAGAGAUACUGUCUCUUGGACUUCUAUGAUCAUGGCUUUAGCUCAACAUGGUCUUGGAGAAGAAGCCAUAGAACUAUUUGAACAGAUGUUGGCACUUGGUAUCAAGCCUGAUCAUAUAACUUAUGUCGGGGUGCUCUCUGCCUGUACACAUGGAGGAUUGGUGGAGCAGGGCCGAAACUAUUUUGAUUUGAUGAAAAAUGUACACAAAAUUGAUCCCACCCUGAGCCACUAUGCAUGCAUGGUUGACCUAUUUGGGCGUGCUGGAUUGCUGCAAGAAGCAUACAAAUUUGUAGAAAAUAUGCCUACGGAACCAGAUGUUAUAGCUUGGGGUUCACUUUUAUCUUCUUGUAAGGUUUAUAAAAAUGUUGAUCUGGCAAAAGUUGCGGCAGAGAGACUGCUAUUUAUUGAGCCUAACAAUAGUGGGGCAUACUCUGCCCUUGCUAAUGUGUAUUCAUCUUGUGGGAAAUGGGAUGAUGCUGCAAAAAUUAGAAAAUUGAUGAAGGCUAGAGGAGUUAAAAAGGAGCAAGGACUUAGUUGGGUUCAGAUCCAGAACAAAACCCAUGUAUUUGGAGUGGAGGAUGGUCUUCAUCCACAGAAAGACGAAAUCUAUAAGAUGAUGGACAAGAUCUGGAAGGAGAUAAAAAAAAUGGGUUUUGCUCCAGACACUGAAUCUGUAUUGCAUGACCUUGAAGUAGAAGUGAAAGAUCAGAUUCUUAGAUAUCACAGCGAGAAACUUGCCAUCGCAUUUGGGAUAAUAAGUACUCCAGAAAACACUACAUUGCGGAUCAUGAAGAACCUUCGAGUCUGUAAUGACUGUCACAAUGCCAUCAAAUUUAUCUCCAAGCUU